CUCCACCGAGCAAUAUGAUGAACCUUCGAAGGACGUACUACCACUAAUUCUGGGGGAUGUGGUUACCAUCUCCCAAGAAUGCGAAGAGUGGUAUUAUGGACAAAAUCUGAGCAACUCAAGACGAGGCAUCUUUCCCAAGUCGUUUGUGAGUGUGCGGAAACCUCAACUGGAACGGGAUGAGACGCAAGAAGCGGCCAUGGAGAUCCUCCGAGCUCUUCACGAUUGGCGACCUCAUUGGAAGCGAUUGUUCGUCAAACGCGAGACUUCUCGUUUUGGUCGCGUGAAAGAGAUCAUCGACGAGUUGACCUUGAUGCGGCACCAACUCCAGGUGGAUGUGCUCACGCAAGAGCAGCUCCGAGAAUUGCGGAUCAAGAUCGGAGCGCAGAUCGAUCUGGGCAACAAGAUUCUCGACCUGGAUCUUGUUCCCAGGGAAGAGAGUGGAAAAGUGCCCAAGGCCAGUAAAGUGGGGCCCGUUCAUCUUUGGGAUCUGUUCGACUCGGCUAGUCGUCGCUCCAAGAAGCAGCCAUUGUCUCAUCGCUCGUCCACGAAUUCCAAUUCCGGAAUGUCCGCCAUCCUACCUUCGUCUCCUUCAGCCACAACCCUGACCACCGAGUCUGUCGCUAGUCCUCAUCCUCAUCCUCAUCACCAUCCUCCGUCCUCCAACCCAAGUGGGAUCCAUCUCAUCCUGCGAUUCGAUGAUCUGCUCAUUCCUCCCGGGAAGCAAGAUGAGGAGAUCGAGAUCUUCUUCUCGCUCUAUCACAAAUCCAUUGUCAACCAAAGCGCAUUCAUUUCUGAACGAGCCUUCUUGAGUCCCGUGGCUCAGACGGGGGAUUUUGUGCAAUCAAGUGUGCUAUUCUGGGAUAUCUUGGAUUCCAUGGAGUUGUGCAAGAGUCUCUAUGUGGUGGUGCAGAUGUACAAGAAUGGCAAUCGAUUGAUCAUCCACAACGAGAAUGCCCGACGCACCUCCAGCGGGGUGGGGUUGGGCGGGGCUCUCCGCCGACCUUUUGGAGUGGCCGUUCUGGGUCCGUUUGCGAAUAUAGCGCCUGGCAGUUCCCCCGAAUUUGACGCAAAGAUCUUUUUGUGCGAAGAUAAGGACUUCCAUCACAUGCACGAGCUGAUUUUGAAGAAUGGCGCUCUCAAAUCAUUGUGCCACGGCUCAAAAGUGGGGAUAUCAUUGCAACUCUUGCGAGGCGACUCCAACCAACUGAGGAAAGAUCACAAACGAUUGCUCAGAUCGUCGAUCGACGCCAAUAAGAUUGGUUUUCCCAAUGUCAUUUUCCCCGGUGAUGUUCGAAAUGACCUCUACCUCACGAUCGAGCAAGGCUAUUUUGAACGGAGUGGCAAAGCUCGGAAUAUCGAGGUCUCCGCCGUGAUUGUGGGUCGAAAUGGUCAGGUGAUUGAGGAUAAGAUCCACUUCGCAGCCGGUCUUGCCCCGGCCACAAGGGUGGGGUUUCCAGUGAUGUUCCACUCCAACUCGCCCAUUUGGAUGGAGACUCUCCGAUUAGAGAUCCCCAUAGAUAAAUUUGAAGGUGCUCAUAUACGCUUGGAAUAUCGGCAUUGUUCAAAUAAAGAGAGGUCGGAGAAGAAGCUCUUGGGGUUUUCGUUCGUCCAUCUGAUGGAAGCGGAUCGGACCACCAUCAAAGAUGGCAGUCAUAGCUUGUGCAUUUACAAAUGCGAGGACCAGGAGCAGCUCACGGAUUCGAGCAUCUAUUUGCCUUUGGUGGCCAGACUGAGCGAGGUGCGAUUGUCAGAUCAAGUCACGGUUCAUCGAGGUUUCGUUCGAAGCACCAAAGAGAGCAUCACCAUCAAAACGCGUCUGUGUUCGACCAAGCUUACUCAGAACGUGCACUUGAUGUCGCUACUGAAUUGGAAGUCCAAUCCGGAGCAGAUCCAAGACACGCUCAAGCGAAUCAUGUUGAUCGAGGGCGAAGAGAUCGUCAAGUUUCUGCAGGACAUUCUGGAUGCGCUGUUUGAGAUGUUCACCACUGAGGACGGAGAUUCCACGGGACAUUCCGGUUUGGUCUUCCAAGUCCUAGUCUACAUUAUUAGCUCUCUUCACGAUCCCAAGUUUAAGCAUUUCGGACCGAUUUUGGACACCUACAUCAAUGAGCACUUCUCAGCAGCCUUGGUCUACAAGGGACUCUUGACCUGUUUGAGACACUUCACGGACCACGUGUCCUCCAAAGAGAAUCAAGAGCCAAUUCAGAAGUGCUUCCAAUCCGUGGAGUACAUCAUGAAGUUUGUCAUUCGUUCGCGGUUGUUGUUCAUCCGAACUUCGGUGGGAGCCACUGAUAACUCCUUCCGGGAUUCGGUCAAGCUCCUUUUCGACUCGUUCAAUAAGAUGCUCUCGCAUACCAACGAAAACUUCCAAGGCACCCAAGUCAUGUUCUUGAAGAAUAUUAGCGCCGUAUUUCCACACAUCCUCCGCAUCCUGCCCGUGAUUGAUGUCGCCGAAUUCGUCACUUUAAUGUUUGUGACCCUCAAUCAUGAUCUUCCCCACCCCGUGUCAGAGGCCAUGUUGGCCGCCAUUCAUCAAACGAUCAACAGCCCGGUGUUCCAGGAUAUCGAGUCCCGCAACCUCUUUCUCCCGACCUGCUGUGAUAUCGUGAAGAAGUAUCUGGUCCACAAGCAGCAAUUGCAGCAAUGCUCGGACAUUCUGGCGGACAUGCUCACCUUCUUCCACUUGAGGCAAGAGCUCUCGGAUGAAGGUCAUUCCGUGAUCUUCAAGGACGUCGUGACUCUCUCGGAAAAACUCCUCACCCCACUCAUCAACAUCAUCCUCAACAUCGACGGAGCCUCGAGUUUGAAGGGUCGCUUAGUGGCAUGCCUGUUGUCCUUGCUCCAAUUGAUGGAAGAGGACCAUUUCAAGAACCUCUGGGACUUGAUGUACCACAAGAGUAUUCUGAAGACGUUCCUUCUGGAGUCGUUCCUCUUGCUUCAAGCCCUCAUCUCCCAGCCGAUCUUCCCGAGGUCUUGGAACGCCAUGAAAUUGCUGACUAGUCACGUAUUGAUGAAUGCUCUUCAGGAGUUGGCCAAGCCCCUACUCAUCUAUUUUCGGGAGGAGCAUCAAUUCGAUCGCCAAUUGUGGAUGAACUACUUCACCUUGGCUGUCAAUUACCUGAGUCAAUCCGAGCUGCAAUUGGAGAAAGUCCAGGAGAUGAAGCGACAAUAUAUUCUCCAACAGUUCGGAGACAUGCGCAUGAGGAUGGCUUUCCAGAUCUUAUCUCUUUGGUCUCAUCUCGGGGAUUUGAAACAAUUUUUUGUACCAGGGAUCGUUGGACCACUUUUGAAGAUGACCUCCAUACCGGAUGUGGAACUCCGGAAAUCUGCGCUUCCGGUCUUUUACGACCUUUUGGACUAUGAGCACCGACUCAAAGGACAUUUCAAACAGAUUGAGUGCGAGUUGGUGGACAAAUUGGAUAUUUUGGUGCAAGAAAACAAGGCCGAUGAAAACUACAAGCAGCUUUUCGACACCAUGCUCCGAGAUGUCCUAGAAGAACGCGACCCAGCUUGGAAAGGCAAUGGCAAGUCGUUUAUUGAAUCCGUCACAUCUCUCCUGGAACGACUUCUCGACUACAGGAAUGCCCUUCAGUCGGACGAUAGUCGGGAGAAGGAGAUGUCUUGUAUCGUCAACCUGCUCCAGUUCUACAAGGCUGAGCCCAACCGAGUGGAGCUAUUCCUUCGUUACAUCUACAAAUUACACGAUCUCCACCUUCCGGCCGAAAACUUUGUGGAAGCAGCCUUUACUCUGAAAUUGCACGCGGAUCUCCUGGAGUGGACCAACCGAUCCCUCCACGCGGAUUUGAGGUAUCCAAGUCAGAAAGAGUGGGAAAGGAAAGAGCAGCUCUACUUGAACAUCAUCGAUCUGCUCGAGAAGGGGAAACAUUGGGAACACGCCGUGCCAUUGUGCAAAGAACUGUCCAUGGUCUACGAGAGUAAGGUGUUCAACUACCGCAAAUUGGCCGAGAUCCUGAAACGUCAGGCCAGCUUCUUCGAGAAGAUCAUUUCCAGCUCGGAACAGAACCUCCGAUUGAGUCCUGAAUAUUUUCGGGUCGGCUUUUACGGGAAUAACUUUCCUCCUUUCCUCAAGAACAAGGAAUUCGUCUACCGAGGGUUGGAGUUUGAGAAACUACCCGCUUUCCAACAACGAAUUUCCGAUGAAUUCCCUCAAGCUCAAAUUCUUCCCACCAACACUCAGCCCGACGAAACCAUCUGCAACCAAGACGGACAAUUCAUUCAGAUCUGCUGUGUCAAACCUGUUCCAGAUGAAGCACCCCAGGACCAGCAUCAUGUGACCUCAAUGGAGGGGCUAACGGUGCCGAGUAAAAUCCAAAAAUCGCAAGAUCGCAUGAGCAUUUCGAAGUUCGUCUACGAUCGACCCUUUCAUCAGGGAAAACGGGACAAGGGCAAUGAGUUCAAGACUUUAUGGCUGGAACGAACCUCGUUCCAAUGCAACGCCAGUUUCCCCGGUGUCCUUCGUUGGUUUGAAGUGGUUGAUUCCAAUUUGGAUCUGAUUCCACCCAUUCAGCACGCGUGUGAAACGAUUCAGGCUAAGAAUCUCGAGAUCCAGCACAUGAUCAAUGACCCACUCGAUCAACCCAUUCAAAAGCUGUCGCUCAGCUUACAAGGCGUCAUUGACGCUGCCGUGAAUGGCGGGAUCUUCAAAUAUCAAGAGGCAUUCUUUGCGCCAGAAUUUAUCAAUGAGCACCCCGAGCAUGGGGAGGAGAUCCCGAGACUGAAGCGUCUUAUGAUUGACCAAGUGAGCAUUUUGGAUCAGGCUCUCAAGCAACAUGAACGCCUCAUCUCCCCAGAGGUACGCCCACUUCACGACCAUCUGAUAUCCCGAUGGAGAAACAUGAAGGACAGUCUAGAAACCUUGCCUGAAUCGCCCAUGCCCAUGCAAAGACGGUCUUCCUCGCUGAAUAAGACGCCGACCGCACGAAAGGGUCCUCUACCUCCACUUCCCAAUCAUCCCUCUGAAGAAACCUAUUCGAGUGCCAUUCGGAAACGCUCCUCUGUCGCCUUGAGAGCUUCUCUAUCCUCUUUGUAUGGACAUUCCAACUUCAUCGAUGGGACCUCGAGAAGUAGUCAGUCUAAUAUUAGUCAGACCAGUAAUGGAAGCAGUAGCAGUGCCAAUGAGUCGCCCCGAAAGGUUGUGGGCGAGAGCAUUUAUAGUCGACCCAACGACCAAGCCGUGAGAGCCAUGUCGAACCCGAUGUCAAUAUCCAUGAACUCGUUGCCUAAUAAUGCGUCACCCGGCGGGAAUGGAUCCAAUUCCUCGCCAUCCAGGUCCAUUUUCGAUCGGAACGAUUAUCAGCAAAUCGAUGUGGACGAUUUCCUCGAUGAGGAUGAAGGGAUCAGGCUUUUGGAUGCACCUCCCCUUCCCCCGAGGAUAAGCACUUUGAAUCUGCCAGAACGACCACGAAAUCGGACAUCGUUAGCAUCGGCUGCCACAAGUUCUGGGAUUGGCAAGAGCCCGCCGCCCAUCCCACCGAAAAGCAGUUCGGCCUCCUUGGCUUCCCCACCUCUUUCCUCAGCAUCUGUCCACGAAGAGAGCUGAGAGGAUGUCUGGGUUAUUACUAUAUAACCCCAAUAAAUUGCCAUGCUUAUAAACUAUUGUGAUACUCUAUCUUCGUUUAUUCCUAAAAUACCCUUACUACUUACUACCUAAGUAUGCUUACAAUGUAGUGAUGUUCGAGUACGUAUGUCCUUGUCAUCUUUUGAUGUCACCUCAAGUCACAUGUUUCAAUGAAUAUCUAUUGAAUUGAAUACAGAAUUAUGAUUUAUACAUUUUUUGCAAAGUUCUAUUUAUACAUACGAUUAGAUAGGCUUGAACUUCAUUGUAGAACCCAGUUGAAAAGUUGCUCUUAAUGUAAAGUUGAUUUUGAAAAAUAAAUGGCAACAAUACAUCA